GGUGUAUUGUGGAAAUACCUAGAGUACCCAUUUAAAUAAAUAAGCUAUAAUUCAUGGCUCCUACUUAUGUUUCUUAAAACAUUCAAAAGCUAAGAUGUCAUAUGGAUGAAACUCAGCAACGAAUGAAAGAGAUAUCAGUUCCUCGUCAGUGAAUAAAAAUAAAUGGAAUAAUGUUUAGAAGAUCUUUCCGUAAGAAGAAACCCAAGAGAGAUGAAAAUUACCAAGAGCCAAGUUCAACCGAAUCAUCUCGUACAGUUAACAAACUAAGUAAUUACAGCGACGCACUUCAGCUAGCUGAAGGUUUGAAAACCGAAAACCGUAAACUGAGGCUUGAAAACGAGUACCUCAAACACGCUAAUAAUCAAAGUCUCUCGGGAAACAACUUUGGAUCAGUCCAGUUUUCUGCAGGACCGAGGUCCACCGACAACCAAGCCAAUGCGAGUGCAGAUCGCCCAGACAACGAAGUUCGUGUUCAGCAACGAAUAGAAGAACUGGAAGACAGGUUAAAAGAAGCAAAUGAAAAGCUCAUUCAGAAAGAUGACGAACAGAAAAGGAUGCUUCUUGAAAUGACAGACAAGCUGGAUGCCACACUGAGACACCUACAGAAGGAUGAGGAGAAGAACGCACUCUAUGACACACUAAACAGAUUGGAAAACACACUCAAACGUCUGGAGAAAGAUUCUGAUACAAUACACAGAUUGGACCCCGCACUGGAACGUUUAGGUAACGGCAAUACCCUACAGAGAUAUGAUGCUUCGCUCAGACGUCUAGAGCAGCAUUUAAGUGCCAGCACAAAGAGAUGUGAAGUGAUGGAAGAAAGCCUUACACGAGAAAUACGAAACCACAGUGACCUGCAAAUAAAGAUAAGCAAAGCGAUUUCAAAUGGACAAUCGGGAAUUCAAGAUAUUGUCAGUCAAAUACAAGAAUUAUCAAGAGAGACCAAUAGCACAUUGACAGAACUUUUGAAACUAGCAGAUGCUAAAGCUGUUUCAAAUGCAAACAUUGAAAAGCUGCCAUUACAUCUGUUUGGUUUUGCUCUUCGAAUUGAAAAUGAGAUCAAUACUAUGGAUAAAUCCAAGAACCUCGGACUGGCACUGGGAUUAAAUCCUGACAGUGUUGAAGAACUUGCUAAUACAGAAGAUGACCCCAAGGAACUGUUCUGGAGAGAGCUGCAUGAAUGGAACCACGGGUCAGGAGAGAAGCAUUCGCUUGCAGUUUUGAUUGCAGCCAGUCAGAAGCUUGGCAUUUGUCCAUUCCAAGAUGGUAUAAUGGGUCCAAACCACAGCAAGGCAAUAGAAAUAUCAUACAGCAGACUUGAAGCAGACAUCUUUGUAGGCUACGUGGUUUCGCAUCUACGAGAUCAAGGUGUGCUGUCAGCCCAUGAUGUGGACUACAUCCUUAGUCCCAAAACAAGGCGAAGCCAGUUUCGGUGCCUCGUAGAUAUUCUGCCACUUUUCGGAGAGAAGGCAUUUGACUACUUUGUGGAUUCUCUAAAGAAGUCAGGUCAAAAACAUCUAGCUGAUGUGCUGUUAGAUGAAUUAACAAAACUAACUGAGGAUCAACGCAAACCUCAAACAGAGGAAACAUUGAAAAAAGGACCGAAGGAUGACUUCAAAACAGAGGAUUCUGUGACGAUGUUAAACUUGGAAGCCUGGACCCCAGACGAAUAUGAUUUGAUGGACCUGGACACAAAAACGUUACUGGUAAAACUGCUGGCCACUAUAAUCACAAAUGUCAACCACAACAAGGAGAUGCUGACAAAUCUGUCAUCAAAUGAGAAUACGCUAAUCAAAAAAUAACAUUAAUGUUUUACAUCCACUAAAAUGAUGACAGUAUGAAUUAAACCACCCACCAUUUAAAGACUAAUGUUAUCCCUAAACUUGACAGUAGGGAGCUUAUUAUGUACACUAAACUGAUGACAGUAUGAAUUAAGCCAUCCACCCUGGUGUGAUACCACCAGUGAAUAAUUCUGUGAAUCAUUUACACUCUUAAUGUUAUCCCUAUACUUGACUGUAGUGCUAUUAUACAUAUUGUGAAAACUUAAAAAAACAUGUAUGUAUUUAAAUUCCACGUUCUUGACAUCAAGGUGCAUUAAGGUGUAUAUAUUCGUGAAAAAAAACCCCAUCUUAAUGUUGACUAGGGUGUGGAAAUAAAAUCAGUGCAAAUAAUGAUGGGUUUUUGUGGGGAGAAUUGAGGUUGUUUUUCCGGGUGGGUUUUUGUUGUUUGUUGCUUUGUUGUUUUUCUUGUCUAUUUUUUUAGGGUGGGGGAGAGAGAGGGAGAAGAGUUAAAAAUAAUUUUUUGACUGUUACAUAUACAGAUAUAUUACCUGGUGAGGAUUUUGUCACAUUAACAGUCAUAUAUAUCAUAUGUUUUUGUAAAAACAAUCUGUUUUAAAAAUACAUUAGUGUUAAAAAGUGUCCAUUUGUCAUGAUAGUAUAUUAAUACAUUCAGUACUUGAUAGUAAAAAUCAGGGUAACAUUACUGAUUUGGGCGACUGCCUGGAGGGAUUUUUUGUUGUCGUUUAUAUUUUUUUCUUAUUUCAAACUGCCCCUUUUCUUUCUCUCCUUUAAAUUCCAUCUGACAGCUUCUCCCAUCUUUCAACUUUUUCUGUCAAUCUCCACAUACCAGUCCUUGUCUCUCCAACCACAACCGAUCUCUAAGGAUGUGUCUGGUAAGUUCAAUCAUCAUGUUGGCUAUCAUCUAUACAGAUUACAAGAAAAAACCCACACAGUAGGUGUAGCUCUGAUUAUUUUCAGUAUAAUGUACUAUUCUUAUUGCAAGAUUGUUACUAUUUUCUGCAUGGUAUGUAAAUUUUAUAGAAAUGUACAUUCAGUGCUAUUUACACCAGUAAGUGUAGAUCUGACCAUUUAUAGUAAGAUGGGGUGGGAUAUAGCCCAAAGGUAAAGCCCUCACCUGGUGCAUGGCUGGACUAGGAAUGAUCCCCAUCAGUGGGUCUAUUGGGCUAUUUCUUGUUCCAGCCAGUGCUCCACAACUGGUAUAAAAAAGCCCAGUUAUGUUUUAUUGUAUCUGUGAGAUGCUGCAUAUAAAAGAUCCCUUGCUGCUGCUGGCAGUGGAUUUCCUCUCUUAUUAUCUCUGGGGUCCUUAACCAUAUAACCGUAAUUAAAAUGUGUUGAGUGCAUCAUUAAAUAAAACAUUCCUUUCUUCAUUUCUUAUAGUAUGGUGUAUGUUAAUUGUUCUUAUUGUCAAAUUGUUAUUUGUUUGUUUUUUUUUGUUCAGUGGAGGGUUGUAGAAGCCAUGCAGACUUUAUGACUGGGAAACUUUUUUUUAUGUUUUUGACAAACUCCACAAAUAGUUUGGUUUAUGUUUUAGAAGUGUACCAUCAGAUCAGUGCUAUUUCUAUCAGAGAGAGAGAGAGAGAGAGAGAGAGAGAGAGAGAGAGAGAGAGAGAGAGAGAGAGAGAGAGAGAGAGAGAGAGAGAGAGAGAGAGAGAGAGGGAGGGAGGGAGGGAGGGAGGGAGGGAGAGUAUAUAUAUUUAUUUUGUAUUGACAUGUUGAAUUUUAUUAAUAUACUUCCAGAAAUUAUGCAGUCAUGGUUGUGAUAUCCAAAAGUUCCAGUAUUUUGGAUAUUCACUGUAUAGCUAAGUCACAUGCAUGUGUCUGCCUCUGUGUGCGCACAAGUGUGUAUGCAUGUGUCUAUUUUUGGGUUUAGAGGAUUUUUUUUUUUUUUUAAGUUGUUAUCCGUUAUCAUUUAAUAUUCAAGAGUCAUAUUUUUAUAUGCAAAUGUGGAUCACUUGUUUGUUUUGUGAUAAAAGAGUGAUUAAACUAUUUUUGGUGAU